AUGGAUUCAACCAGUGAUCCAGGCGCUGCUAACGAUAGGCGCGCACUUCUGGCCUACGGUCGAAGCCAAUACGCGCAACGAAACUAUGCGGACGCGCUCACAGCUUUCACGACGGCCUUGGGCCAGGCAAAAGGCGAUAGAAUGGGGAUACUAGACAGCAGAUCUGCUACGUACUGCAAGCUAGGGGAUCUUGACCUAGCCCUCAAGGAUGGGAGACAAAUGCUCAAAAUCGACAAGUCAAACGCACGAGGAUAUCUGCGUACAGCUCAAGUUCUGCAGUUGAAGAAGAGGUUUGAGGAUGCUCUAAGAUUGUAUGAGCAUGCUCUUAAAUCUGUAGAUUUAAAGGACACAAACCGACCUAAAAUUGAGAUCCUCAAAGCGAAGCUUGACCGAGCUGUGAACCCGCCGCGCCACGACCCAUUUUCUAUAUUCCCUCCUGAAAUUGUGGCGAUGGUUCUCCAGCAUUUUAAACUGCCAACGCUACUAAAACUGCUUCGGGUUUCCAAAAGAUGGAGUAAACUAACUGUGUCUCUGGGCCUAGCCUUCUCACAGGUGGAUUUUACUCUCGCAAGACCACAUGCCGUUUCCUUCCAGGCAAUUCGUGCAUAUUGCGUACGGCAUGCUAAAGCUAUAGAGUCUGCUACCAUUGGUUGCGUCACUCCGCAGAAUGCUUCGAAAACAUUGCAGUUACUUUCAAGGUGCCCCAGAGUCGCUGAAAUUUAUCUGCAUGUUAAAUUAGCAGCACCAGAAGACAUCAGAAUACUAUAUAAUUUCACUGGGCUGAAAAAUCUGGUCAUCUGGCACCGCGAACUGACUUUCGUGGAAUUCAACUCUCUGCUUUCUGCAUGCCCUACUCUUGAAUACACCAAGGUUUUACUGGGCGAAGAAAAGAAGCGAGAGAAUUGGAAGAGCUGCUCUUUCGCACCACGGAUGCGAGGUCUAUGUCUUACCUUUAACGGGAUGCCAGUCACGAACCCCUUUUUCCUUGACAGCUCAUUGAAGGAUACAAUGCCCGUUCUUGAAGAGCUAGAGGUCUCAGGUGUUGAUGUAGAGAUGAAACUCCAUGGUGUGGACACAGACUUGUCUACCCACCCAUCCUUACGCGCAAUUUCUUUUAGCAAGUUCACGUUGGAUGCUUAUAUUAAGGCAUUACCAAUAUGUUUGGCAGAAUUAAGUUUAACCUCUGUUCUAGUCAACCCAGCCAUCGCAGGUACUCCCGUCUACAGCUUCCUAAAUGGCCUUUCGAAGUUGAGAGCGCUUAGCUUUUGUAGCCUCUCUUUCGACAUAAGUGCCAUGGUUGACGAAUAUUUCUCCGCCUUGGACCCAGGUCUGACACCAGAUUUAACGCUUUUUAACGUCGCAUAUUCUAAUGUUACUGCGCGGGAGUUGGUGCCUUUUAUGAAGAAAGGGUAUUUACGCUCGAUAACGGAGUUGAGCAUUCCUGGUAUCAUGGAUAUGAAGGAUAGCAUCACGGAAGUCAUCGCUGAUACGAUGCCUAACCUAAAGACGUUAAAUUUAUCACUCACUGAAGUUACGGGGUAUUCAGUCAAGUUGCUUGCAGAUGCGCCAAACAUGAACAUAGAAAGGAUAAUAUUGUUAAAUCCCGCGACUCCAAUCAGCAGAGACGCAAUUGAGUAUGGGCGCAGUAAGGGGAUUAUUUUUCAAUAA